CUUAUGGCUUCUACUGGUGUCUCUUCAAGCUUUGAGCUCUUGUUUAUCUCCUCUCUUUAGUUUUUUUCUCAAUAUUCCAUUGUCUCAUCAAAAGGUCAAGGGCUUCCUCCUUUAGUGAAAGGGCUUUCAUGGACAUUCUUUGAUUCAACUUGUCCAAAAUUACAAUCAAUUGUUAGGAAGAGACUUGAGAAAGUUUUUAAGGAUGAUAUUGGCCAAGCUGCUGGCUUGCUUCGUCUUCAUUUCCAUGAUUGCUUUGUUCAGGGAUGUGAUGGAUCAGUAAUGCUAGAUGGAUCAGCAGGGGGUCCAAGUGAGAAAACUGCAAUACCAAAUCAGACACUAAGAAAAGAGUCAUUUAAGAUCAUUGAAGAUCUUAGAGAAAGAGUUCACAAGGAAUGUGGAAGAAUUGUUUCUUGCUCUGAUAUUGCUGCCCUUGCUGCUAGGGAUGCUGUUGUCUUGACUGGUGGACCCAACUAUGUUGUACCUUUGGGAAGAAGAGAUGGACUUAACUUUGCUACGGAAACCGCAACCAUAAACAACCUCGUUGCACCAACUGCCAACACUACAACCCUCCUCACUCGCCUGGCUACUAAAGGCUUCGACGCCACGGACGUCGUCGCCUUGUCUGGGGCCCACACUAUCGGUAUCAGCCACUGCGAUUCCUUCACGGAACGUCUCUACCCGAACCAAGACUCCACCAUGGACCAAACAUUCGCUAACAACCUCAAACGAAGUUGCCCUAAAGUUGACUCAAACAACACGGUCAACAUGGACAUUCGUAGCCCUAAUAUUUUUGACAAUAAGUACUAUGUUGAUCUCAUGAAUAGGCAAGGGCUUUUUACGUCCGAUCAAGAUUUGUACACGGAUCAAAGGACUCGAGGGAUCGUUACGAAUUUUGGUACGGACCAAAAGGUUUUUUUUGACAAGUUUGUAAUAGCCAUGAUUAAAAUGGGACAAUUGAACGUGUCGACUGGCGGACAAGGUGAAAUUAGGGCUAAGUGCUCAGUGAGGAAUAAGGAUAAGUUGUUGGUUGAUGUUUUUGAAGGAUUGGAGAAAACCUUGGCUGCUGCAUUUUAAGUUAACUUAACUUAUUGGAAGUACUAUACUUUGUUUAAUGCAAGUCUUUUGUUAAAUAUAUAUGUUUCUUGUAAUAAUCAGAGGCAAAAUGUGGCAUGACUGUUGUUUUUUUUGUUUUUCUUUUGUUUCGUUUGCGAAGUAAAUUAUCAUAUGAGAGAAUCAAUAGAUUUUUUUUCGAGAGCGAUUAAUAUAUUAGUACGGCCUAUACGGGCAUCUAUGUCUUAAUGUCUACUUUCUGUAUGGAUAAAUUUCUAUAUGCUGUUAGAUUUCCAAGUUGAA